UUCCUUUAACAGAUAAGACAUCUAGUAGUGUUGCUAAAGCCUUUAAGAAAGUUUAUAACUGUAAAGAAUUAAUGGAAAAACAUAAUGUCAAAAUUAAGAUUGGCACUUCCAAGAGAAGCCAGACUAUUGUUGAAAGAUUUAAUCAUACUUUAGCUAAAAGAUUGUUUCGAUUACAGAAUGCUUCUGAUUUAUUGUUGCCUAUCUCUAAAAGAUCUAGAGCUUGGGUUAAAAAUCAUUCUAUUAUUGUCAAUGAUCUUAAUAAUUCAGUAACUAGACUAAUUGGUAUAACCCCUGCUAAAGCUAUAAAAAUGAAGCAAGUUAUUGCUAUAUCUUCCAAAUUACAAAAUAGGCCUAUAGCCUUUAAUAAGUCUAAGCUAUCAUAUAAUACAUCAGUAAGAUAUUUGCUUGAACCUGCUUUGAUACAAAAAAAUCAACCUAUCUUAUAUUGGUUUGAAGAUAAGGAGGGCAAUAGACCAAAGCAGUCUUUUGUUAGAGAAGAACUCCAAAUUAUUCAUCCUAAUACUGAAUUACCUCCUCA